CUAGUGGCAGAGAGGAGCAGCGAGGAGCGGUGCUUAUUGUUCUCCUGUCUGUUGGUUAUCAGAAUUUGACCCGGUGUAGUUUUUAGUCAGGAUGUUUGGGCGAACGUCCAGGUCUGAUGUGCAGCAGACUGACAUGAGAUGAGGAGACAGAGAGAGAUGCGGUGGUGUUGAGCUCCUCACCGCUGAGACGUGUUUUUUUUUGGUGGGGGGGAUGAAAAGUCAAAAUGCGCUCAGAGCAGACAGGAGCGGCGUGACGGAGGAGUACAGGGAGGACGGAGCAGACGCCGGCCGGUCUGUGGACGCUGCACACAAGCAGGCAGACAGACGGGAUAGAGACAGAGCUGCAGGGAGGACGGCUCUCUAACUCGCAGCCGCACCGAGGCUUUGGUGAAGAGAAGUCUGGCCAGCUGCUGUAGCCUGUGAGGGGGGCAUCAUGGUUGUGUCGCUGCGGAGCUGGGUCGCCAACGAGGGAGGAAAGCAUUUGGUUCUGAUGCUGUGGUUGGGAGCCAACACCUGGCUAUUCCUAAAGACCUUCCUGCUCUAUUCCACUGGACAGCAGUACCACUACCUGUACAAGAUGCUUGGGCUCAGUCUGUGCAUCAGCAGGGCAUCUGCUUCUGUGCUGAACCUGAACUGCAGCUUGGUGCUGUUGCCAAUGUGUCGCUCCCUGCUCACCUUUUUCAGAGGAACACACACGGUAUCGAGCAGAAAGACACGCAGACUUUUGGACAAGAGCAAGACCUUUCAUGUGGCCUGUGGAGUGGCCAUCUGCAUCUUCUCUGUCGUGCAUGUGUCUGCCCACUUGGUGAAUGUCGUGAACUUCAGUGUGAGCUACUCAGACGAAUUUCCUGCUCUCAAUUUGGCUCGCUACAGAGGAGAGGACCCCAAGCUGAUCAUUUUGACUACAAUCCCAGGAAUCACAGGUGUCCUGUUGGUUCUCAUCCUCUUCCUGAUGUUCACCUCCUCCUCCUACUGUGUACGGGUGUCCAACUAUGAGAUCUUCUGGUACACACACAACCUCUUCAUUGUCUUCUACAUCAUCCUUAUGGUGCACAUGGUUGGUGGAGCUCUCAAGUAUCAGACCAACAUAGAGGCCCACCCUCCUGGCUGCCUCAGAGCCAAUCAGAGCAGCGCAGAGCAGCAGGGUAAGGAGCUGGACCAGGGUGAAGAUGAAGAGAGGAGAUGCAGGGAGGAGGCUCACUUUCAGCCACACUACCCCCAGACGUGGCUUUGGGUCUCCGGUCCUCUCUGUCUCUACUGUGCAGAGCGUUUCUACCGCUACAUCAGGAGCAGUCACCCCAUUACCAUAGUGACAGUCAUCAGGCAUCCCUGCGAUGUUAUUGAGUUGCGCAUGCUAAAGAAGAACUUCAAAGCUCGUCCUGGACAGUAUAUCCUUCUUAACUGUCCAGGUGUAUCUUCAUUUGAGAACCAUCCCUUCACACUAACGACGUGUCCCACAGAGAACAAGGAAACUUUUGGCAUCCAUCUCCGAGUCGUGGGAGACUGGACUGAGCGGUUCACACGGCUGUUACUUCCUCAACCAAGGAUGGACCUGGAGAUUCUUCCCAUGGUGCAACAGCGGAGAUACCCCAAGCUUUAUCUGUGGAUGGUCCAGUUUGGAAGUCCAUCAGGAAGUCCAUCAGAGGAAGUGUUUAACUACGACGUCAGCCUGUGUGUUGCUGGUGGGAUAGGCGUCACACCGUUUGCCUGUGUGCUGCAUGCUCUGCUUGAUGGUUGGACUGGCUUCAGGUUGCAGAGGUUGUAUUUUGUUUGGGUCUGCAGGGAGCUCCAGUCCUUUUACUGGUUUGCUGAGCUGUUAUGUGCCCUUCAUCACAAGCUCUGGCAGGAAAACAGACCAGACUACUUUAAUCUGAAACUGUACCUCAGUCGGACAGACAAUCUGCAGAGCAUGUCUGAGGAGAAGUACCGCCCUCUUACCUCGAGGCUGCUGGUUGGUCGACCCAGGUGGAAGUUACUGUUUGAUGAAAUUGGAAAGACCAAUAAGCAUAAACGAGUAGGCGUUUUCUGCUGUGGACCUAAGGGCAUCUCCAGGACCCUCCACAGACUCUGUAACUCAGCCCGAACCUCUGGAACAACCUUUGAAUUCAACAAGGAGUCCUUCAGCUGAUCAAACAUAAGAUCUGGUACUGCACUGUUUCAGAGGACAAAAUUGCGACUUUGGGACAGAUGGAUUUUCAUACAGUUUGGGCAAAUGUUCUUACUCUUAUUUCAGUAAAUUUCAGAAUAUCUUUGGCCAAGUUUGGUGAUUUGACAUUUUGUAGCCAAACUGUCAGAUGUCAUUUGACAUCUAUAAAACUGGCCGAAAAAAUUCCCACACUAAUAUUCAUAGACAAUAUUUCUGUUUUAUAUGUGUCCCUGCCCAUGCUCACAAAAGGCCCAGUAGCAUGUUCCUUUCUAUAGACCACAUCACAACUCAACCUGACCCCCGACUGAGACCUCCACAGGCUUCAGCUUCAGCAUCAGAUCCAAUCAACCUCUGAGCAGAGCUGAAGAGACCAGCUCAGAUUCUGCAUGGAUUCUCCUCUCCUGAUGCUCUGUUUUUCUAAAGUUGCAUCUUUUUCCUGAUGCACCCCACUGUGGAGUGAAUUUGUUCUCUCACGCUGGAGGCUAAUGUGAGAAAACCUGCACAAAUUCCAUGCCCACAAACACAACAAGAUAAUGAUACUACAUGAGAGGGAGUUCAUCUUGUAGUGGAUCAGGGCUGAAACAUCAUGCAGGGACCAGACAAACUGUUUUAUAUCCAGAUGUUUAACAGUUGUCUUAAAUAAUCAGAGAAGUGGAACAACAUGGAUGUGUCAAACAUUGUAAGAACUAUACCAUGUGCCAUUUAUAGUGUUAGCCAGGUCGCUGUUUUUUUUUUUUUAACUUUAAUCAACCUCUACUUGGCAGCCAACAAGCUCUAAUGACCAAAGUGUUCACGUUCUAGAGAGCCAAGUCAGCACCAACUUUGAGGUUGCUGUUUGUUCCACUAGCUCUAAAUCCAAAAUACAGCACAUUAAUAACUAAGCGCCUUGUCAUUUUACCUGUGAUACAGUUAAACAAUACAUUAUUUGGCUAGCAGGAAAAGGGGGACUUAAACUCUAGUGCUGAGUCUGUAUGUCCCAUCAUGGAUGCAGGAUUUAUAGCAUCUGAGCUGGGAGACAGAGCUGAGUAUCUGAUUGGUUUAAAAGACUGUCACUCAUCAGGAUCUGAGAGGUAAUUUGUCUUCAGUAGAAAGAAAUGUAACUGAAAUGGACACUUGCUACAGUCUCUGAUUUCAUUCUGCUGAUUUUCUAUUAUACAAAGAAAACUUAACACGACUACACCUCACACCAGUGCUUUUAGUUCUUUUUCAAAUUUAUUUAUAUUCUUAAGGUUGUUAUGUGAAAAACAUCUGCAGGACUUUGGCAGUUUCUUCCAGUUCAAAGUGAUAGUAAUUAAUUUAUACGUUAACUACAUUUUUAGUAGUUUGUCAUAUCUUAGAGUCAAAAAUUGCAAAGCUGGAAACUCCAGGUAUGUACAAAGAAUCGGCCCUUUGAUAUUUCAGAUUUCUUCAACUGAAACAAACAACAACAAAAAACCAUAUCAAACUGUAAUUAGCUAUCAUUUAUUUAGCUUUUUAAAUUUAAAUGUAUUUAAAUAUUAAAUUGUAUGUCUAUUUUCAGGAUUGUUUUCUUUUUUAAGAACAAAGCAAAAUCUAAAAUAAAAGAUUUUCUAUUUA